GGGACUGGAGGAAACACCAGGCAAGAUGGCUGACUCGCAGCGCUCUGCGCGCCUCGGCGAGGCUCCCGCUCGUCCUCACGCCGUCAAAGACGCGCUCUGCACGGCCACGGGGCUGAAGGGCUCCCCGCCGCCCAAAAAGCUCCGCGCCGAGGAGAGGAGCGCUAAAGCCAAGAGAGUGAGCAGGGACGGCGGUGUGGGAGCCGACGGCAGCGGGGGGGAGAGACUCCCGCAGCCCGCCGCGCUGCACGGAUACCCCGGCUUGUGGCGCCCCAGCACCGGCGGUCAGCCUCCUGGAGCCCCGGCCACAAACCCGCACAAAGUCUUCAAACAGAGCCACUUUUUCCUGCACAAGCCGCCGUCUUCCUCCAAAGCCAGGUGUGGAGAUAAGCAGAGGGAGAAGGGGAAAGUGUGCAGGAAGCACCGGCCGCUGCUGAGCCCCGCAGCCGGGGCUGGAGCCCUCACCGCCGGCUGCAACACCAGCUCCAACACCGGCUCCAACACCAGCUCCAACAACAGAGAAAAUGGAAAUGGAGAGGUCAUGUCGCCACCCAAAGAGCACUCCACCAAGGACAAGGCGAAGGAGAAAGAGAAGAAAAAGUUCAAAGAGCGAGAAAAGGAAAAGGAGAAAAAACACAGAGUGAUGAAUGAGAUCAAGAGGGAGAACGGUGAAGUCAAGCAGCCAAUUAAAGAAGAAAAGGGGAAGGCAAAGAUAAAUUCAGAAGAGCUGCAAAUCAAAAAAGUGAAGAAGAAAAAGAAGAAAAAACACAAAGAAGGGGAGAAGCAGAAGCGAGUGAAGAUGUAUCAUCGCUCCUGUCAAACCCUCUUUGCUGGCCUCCUCCUCUCCCCUUCCUCUUCGUCCACAAACUCUUCUUCCACGUCAGAACUAACAAAUAACUCCUCCCUAUCUCCUUUCAAGUCCCCCCUCCCCGUCUCCCCCCCACCUAACAAUAAAACUACACACCUCACUCUCUCCUCUCCCCCUCUCGCCACCAAGUCCCUAUUUAACUCAUCUCCACACAACUCUCCAUCAUCCACUAAGAUCCCUUUUCUGACAAAACACCACCCAAAGUGCACGUAUCCUGGUAUGGCAGGCCUGGAGUUUGCCUCCUACAUGCAUGUAGAGACCCAGCCGAAUGGAGGCGCCCUGGUGGCUCAUGCCUAUGCAUCCCAGCUCUCCUCUCUAUCAGCGGAUCAGAGGAACAGAUUUGCCCAGGAGUUUAUCACUUUGGCAUUUAGUGAGGACAAGUCCCAGGCAGCUCAUUAUGUCAUGGGAAUUGUUCACGGAGAAGGCAAACACCUACCGGACUUCUUGGAUUACUUCUCAACCAAGUUCCCGUCAGCUCCAGUCAAAAUGGAAAUACUAGGAAAGAAGGACAUAGAAACCACCACUAUGGCUAAUUACUACUCUCAGGUGAAGAGAACUUACUGUCAUGGUACGUACAGAGCUGGAGCAAUGAGACAGAUUAGCCUGGUGGGAGCGGUAGAUGAAGAGGUCGGGGAUUAUUUCCCUGAAUUCCUCAGCCUGCUGGAAGAGUCCCCAUUUCUGAAGAUGACUCUUCCAUGGGGGACCCUCUCAAGUCUGAGACACAUAAGUCCCACCGAGAGUGACGACGGUCCAAUAAUGUGGGUCAGGCCAGGAGAGCAGAUGAUACCUGUAGCUGAUGUACCAAAGUCUCCUUUUAAAAGAAAACGUUCCACCAAUGAGGUAAAGAACCUGCUGCAGUCGCUGCCCAGAACCAGCGAGCCCAGAGAAAUGCUGUUCGAGGACCGGACCCGAGCGCACGCAGAUCACAUCGGACAGGGGUUUGAGCGUGAGACCACGGCAGCCGUGGGGGUGCUGAAGGCCGUCUGCGGAGAAAGCUCAGAGCCUCCUCGCGUAACCAAAGAUGUUGUGUGUUUCCACGCUGCUGAUUUCCCUUAUGUAGUUCAGAGGCUGCAGUUGGACUUAUAUGAACCCCCGCUGUCUCAGUGUGUGCAGUGGGUGGACGAUGCCAAACUCAACCAGCUGCGCCGGGAGGGCAUCCGUUACGCUCGCAUCCGCCUCUGCCACAAUGACAUCUACUUCAUCCCCCGCAAUGUGGUCCACCAGUUUAAGACGGUGUCUUCUGUCUGCAGCCUGGCGUGGCAUAUCCGCCUACAGCAGUACAUCCGCGUCCAGGGAGAGCGAGAGGAGGAGGUGAAGGAAGAGAAGGAGCUCCCCGAGUUGAACGAAAAAGACGCAGGAACUGAGAUUCCUGAGCAGAUGGAGGAAGAGGAGGGGAGAGGACUGAAGGAGAGGGUCAAGGAGGAGAACGAGGAGGUGCAUGUGGAUGUCAAAAGGACGUUGCUAACUGGAGGAAAGGAGGAACGUAAUGAGUUGUCUCGGCCUGCUAUCUCUGUGAACUCAAACAGCAGCAGUGCUGGAGACAAAGAAGAGGUGAAGGAGAGGGCAAAAGAAGCUGGAAGCUCCAAACAGCAGGGUUCUCUAGCGGCCAGGGUAAAACCAGAGCCUCCAGCUUCUGCUCUCUAUAAGAACAAACCCUUGUCACCUCUGGGCCCGCGUCCUCUCACCUCUCCUCACAAGCACACAAAACCCAAAGUCUCAUCCAAACCUCACCAUCACCACUCAGACGGCAGGACAAUGUCUUCCAACAGAAGUUCCUCGUCUUCAGCUGCCAGAUCGUCCCUUACUGGAGCUUUUUCCAAGUCUUCCAUAUCUGUAACAUCUCCAGUUUCAGGAUCUGCUGUCACUUCGUUACACUCUUCCUUUCCAGUCCCUCGUUCAUCUCCUCUUACUUCUCCUCCUCUCAACGAAUGGGCCGCGUCUUCCACCCUCUCCGCCUCCUCUCCAUCCGUGACGAGUCCCAAACCUCCAGCAGACGCCCAGGUGAACAAGCUCCCUGCUUGUCAGCCGCCUCCGUCCCCUCAGCCAGAACACCCCAGAGACUCGGUCCGCCUGACGUCUGAUGUCCCGGCAGACGCACGGACGCACGCGCAGUCGGAGGCUCAGACCUCGCAGGCGUCAGCUGCCGUGGCUGUGCAGACUCACAUCCCCCAGACCGACACACGGACACCAACACUCCCAGAGAGGUGGACUCACGGUUUGGACUCCAGGACUUGUGCAGAUUUGCAGAUGCACCCCCCACACGACGCCGCCAGGCGAGACUUUUACAUGCAGCAGUACUCAACACAGCACCUCCCCCCUCCGCACCUUCCUCACAUGCAUCCUUCCUUUUCCCCUCUAAUGUCACACUCCCAUCUCCCUCACAGACCGCGGGUCCUCCCCCCGAAUCACCUCCCUCCGCAGCCUCAGACUCUGAACUCUUUCCACAGCCAGCCGGGGCCCCCCCCUCCGGCUCACCUGGGCCACCUGCACCCGCAGCACCCGGCAGACGUCAGCUCACAGCCUCAGCCGUACUUCCAGAUGACUCCCUCGUCCCAGCAGAGCUCCCAGUCGCUCCCGCCUCACCUGUCCUACCAGCACCAGUUUGCCAAAACCUUCUUCCCCUCUCAACACCCCAACUUCAGCUCCUUCCUCCCCCCUCAGUCCUUCGUCUCACAGCCCCCCGGUUCUUACCCACAAUACCAGAGCUCAGCCCCGCUGCAGGUCCAGCUCCCCCUGUCACCGUCGUUUCCUCAUCCUCCUCCUCCUCCCUCUUCCUCGCCGCCCGCCCCUCCUCCCCCUCUUCCACCUCCUCCUCUCCCUCAACCUUCCCCUUCGGUUUUUUCCCCUCCACCGAGGCUGGAAGAGGAGCAGAAACAGAUUUUCUAGUGAAUAUUUGUAUAUAACGGUGACGACGUUAAAUGACUGUAUAUGUACAAGGCGUUAUUUUGGCUGUCUUGUAAAACUGUGUUCAAAGGAAGGACGAGGAGUUGGACUAACGUAGCCCAGACCGCUGGACUGAACCGGUUUGGAUUGUAUUGACGCUCUUACUGUGCACAAGUGAUUCAUAUGAAGGAGUUUUUGGUGUUACGGUGUUUAAAGGUGCACCACUUUUAGCUCAAAAGAGACUGAGUCUUACGGUUGGAGUGAGGUCCCUGGUCUCCAAACUGCUGUGUGGUUCUGCUUUUCCUCUUUAGUUUUUAACAGUUUUGUGCCCGAGACUGUUUUUGUAAACAAAGACGGGCCACAUUAAUUAUUGACAUCGUUCAAUACAUGUGUAUUGAUGUAAUAUUACAUACUAUUGUGUAAUAUUUUAUUUCUGCUGUAUUUUAUCAAUACAUCUUCAUCAAUACAGAAUAUGACAGGACUUUUUCCCAGAUAUUGUAUUUAGGAGCAAUAAUGCUCAGCAAUAAUCUGCUGAAUACGAAACCAGAUUCUAUAUAUUGAUAAUUUUUAUGCUGAUUUUAAAGCAGUCGAUGGAAAACAUUAGCGAGUGCAAUUAACAGAUGACUUUUCUAAUCACUUAUGGUGUUACAUUGGCAAGCAAGAAUGUUAUUUCAGAGGAGGCCACAGUAGUAGCCUUCAGUCAGAAGUACUGUUGAAAGUACUGAGGUCGUGUCGUACCUGUUGAACUGGUGUCGCCCUCAGCACCAGUGGCACACCUCUACCUGUCUUUGUUUUUUCUUCUUAAAUUAUGAUUAUUUUCUCUCGGAUGUGUAACCAGAGUUUCUUAAAUUUUUUAGGAAACCAAGCACUUGCUUGGCAGCUAAUAAAAGAAUUUGACCCAGGCAGGGCUGUCGGAGACAGGCCUCCAGAGUCUCAGGAAAACACUUUCAGGACAAAUCCAACAAUACAUUUGUCUCCUUGAGAAUCCUCAGUGCACCGGUUUUACUGGACUGCUGAGAGAUUCGGGUGGUUGCUGCAGUGAGUUGUCAACCAGAAUUUUAGUGAGUGCGCAGUAGGGAUGGGCGGUAUGGACUAAAAAAUGUAUCACGAUAAUUUCUGGCAUUUAUCCCAAUAACUAUAAAAAUGACGAUAAAAAAAAAUACCAAUUCAACUCCACCUUUUUAACUAUGAAUCUAUCUCGCUCUCAGAUCUGCCAUGUUUGUUACACAAAAACGUCAUCAACGGGAAUUUUUCUUUCUUUCUUUCUUUCUUUCUUUCUUUCUUUCUUUCUUUCUUUCUUUCUUUCUUUCUUUCUUUCUUUCUUUCUUUCUUUCUUUCUUUCUUUCCUUCCUUUUUUCCCUUCCUUCCUCCUUUCCUCCUGCUCUUUCCUUCCUUCUUCCCUUCCUCUUUUCUCCCUUCCUUCCUCCUUUCCUUGUUUUCUCCCUUCCUUCUCCCCUUUCCUUCCUUCCUUCCUUCUUUCUUUUUUCCCCUUCCUUCCUUCUUUCCUCCUGCUCUCUCCUUCCUUCUUCCCUUCCUCUUUUCUCCCUUCCUUCUCCCCUUUCCUUGUUUCCUUCCUUCCUUCCUUCCUUCCUUCCUUCCUUCCUUCCUUCCUUCCUUCCAAAAAUCAGCUUUACACAAAAACAUCAUCAACGGGAAUUUAUCGUUUUUACCGCGACAUGACAAAUUCUUAUCGUGAGGAAUUUUUUUGACUGUAUAUCGUGAACGGUAAAAUAUCGCCCAUUCCUAGUGUGCAGCAACUCGCCGUCUCUCAUCAUCUGGAUAGAAGAUGGCAGAACUCAAAGAGCAAUACACACAUGCAGUAGGUCCAGACUUCCCUAGUGUGACUCUUUACAGCACUUUGUAAUCCUUAUAUCAGAUUAUGUGGAGAUACAGUUAUGAUUAGGAAGAUUUUUAAAAAAUGUAUGUUAAUCAUUAACUAUUUUAGUCUCUCAAUGAGGAAAUUUCAGGUUCUUCCAAAACUAAAAGCUCAUUCAGGCCUCGGUAGCUCCGUGCUACGUUUUUGUUUUGUUUUUAACGCCUCAACACAAGCUCUACGACACUUUGGGAACAGAUCUACACCGUUGAGAGCUCAUUCCCAAAGCACUAUUUAUCUACAUACCUGAAGUCCAGUUGCUCUACAGCGUGCAGCAUACUGUCUGUUAACCUUUUAUUUAUCAACCAGGGACUGAAGUGACCUCCUGUAUUUGAAAGUAAAACAAGCUGUUUUCUGAAGGUCCAUCGUAAUGAUGAAGAGCGUACGUUUCUCCACGCGUUGGAGUCGGCUCUUCCGUCUCAGUGCAUGUCCCACUUGUGGAGCUUUGUUAUAGAGAGAAAAUGUUCAUCAUCAGUGUCUUGAUUUUACUUUCAACGAAGCCCUUUUUGCUAAUGUAGCCCAGAACAUUUCCCUAGUGCCUGUCCUUAACUGUGAACUACUAUGUGGUCCAGAGACGCACGCUGCAGGAGUUCUGUCCUUUUCUUUUUUUUCUCUUUUAAAGAGGGGUUGCAGUUUUAAGUUCUCACUGGAAAAUGAGAGCGAAGCCUUAAUUGGUCUCUAAAUCCUGCAAAACCUCCAAAUAUCUGGUUUGAGUCAGGAUGGCUCAGAGGAAUGAUAUCCCGAAAGCAGGGCUGCGUUUUUCUUGGGUAGUCUCACCACAAGCCUGCAAAAUCUUGGAAAAUGAAUGAUAACGCCUUAGGUUUUUUUUAAUUUUUUCUCUGCCUCAAAGGACUACGUUUCAGAGACAGAACUCCUCUCCGUGUGGCUCUGGGGAGAUCGAGGCGAUAAUUAAGGACUUGAUACCAGUUUUAAGGCGCUCUGCAGCUCUUUUUAUGCUUUUGAGUUUUAGAUGUUACAGGAACCUGACAGGAACAUAUGUAUAUGUAUAUAUAAAUAUAUAUAUACAUGUACAUAUUGUACAAAUGUGACAAAGUUAUGUUUGAAAACAAAAAUGUCCUCAGGGGCUAGUGUUGUUUUCACAGAGUUUAUUUAUCUCAACUUGUUUUUUUUUUUCUUCUUUUCAGUUGUUAUUUUUAAAUGUCAGCACUGUAGUGUACAUAAGAAGUUUUGUAAAGAUGGCAAAACUUGUAGUGUGGUUUCUACUUUAAAUAUGAGCCUAGCUAAUAAAAGGUUCAGUGUAUGAAACUGUUGGGUCCAGACUUGAUUCUUAUCGGUGCGGUGGAUAACGUCUGAGCUUUUUAGUCUUUCUUCUUGAAGUCUGGUAAAUUUCAGGUAAAAACAAACAGACACACCUAAUUUACUUUUUGCUUUCCUUUAAAUUUUUCACUGCUGGGGCAAGUUGAUCAUUGAUCUGCGACCUGAUGGACUUGUUUGAGAGGCAGAUGAGGAGGCUCGGGUUCUGGUGAGGAAGCCUCCUGGACGCCUCUCUGGACUGUGACAUUGACCAGAAAGUAGAAAUAUUAGUUUGAACUUUUCAUAUUUCCCCUUUCUUUUACAAAGAUUAUUAUAGUUGGUGUCAUUUAUUAAUGCCACCAAAAUAGAAAGAAAGAAAUACUUUUAAGGGUGGUCUAAACCUGUGUUUUGGUCACUUCUGCAUCCCGUAACUGCAUGCUGCAGGAGUUUUCAGAGGCCAUAUCCAAUCAGACUACGCGGACUCGACGCAGCCUUUUCCCCAUCACUUCUGAACUUUUAAUGCUUCAUCUAACUUCAAAUGUGGGGCAGGAAGUUAAAGCAAAGUUUAAAGUGAGGAAACGACUUUGAAGGCCCUGAUGAGCAGUCUGAGCACACUUCUCCUGGAGGUUGAAUUACCAGACACAGUGCUUGUAUUUAGAAGCAGUACUUCUCUGGUCAAGUUGGGAACCUAUAAGCUCUUCUACUUUUCUUUCUGAAACUUUGAGCUGAUGAUUACUCAGCCUAACAAUCUUGAAGUGGAACAAUAGCUACUCUGAUCCUUUGCUGUAUUACAAUGUACUUUGCAAAUGAUGGAGGUCAAAUCGCUGACCCCAGCCGGAAGCCAAAUUGAUCUCCAUUCCCAUCAUGUGCCAAUGUGUCCCUGGAGAAGAUAACGGAGCCAUGAAGGUUCCAAUCCCAGAUAAAUAAGUUCAAUCAGGCACAGCAUCCAACAUUAAACCAAUGCCUAAUCAAUAUGUGGAAGAUGAUCAUUUUCUCUGGCAACCCCUCACAAGAAAAUGGCUUGUGUGCAUUUAAUUCUGUUGAAUGUUGGUACAAAUGUUUUUUUUGUACUUUUAUUUUAUUCUAAUUUUAUUACAUAAUGCACUGUUAAACAGGUAUGUUUGUGGCCCUGAAAGCAGUCACAUGAUGAUUGACAGCAAAUAAAAGGGCAGAAAAAAAACAAGUU